AUAACAAUAUGCCAAUAUUUGUGUUAAAUAGUACUAUACACUGACCAUGGUCCCUAUUCUUUAUGUCGGGGAUGUUUGAUACAUUGUAUUUAGUGUUAGAUAAUACACUGACCAUGGUCCCUAUCCUUUAUGUCGGGGAUGUUUGAUACAUUGUAUUUAGUGUUAGAUAAUACACUGACCAUGGUCCCUAUCCUUUAUGUCGGGGAUGUAUAAUACAUUGUAUUUAGUGUUAGAUAAUACACUGACCAUAGUCCCUAUCCUUUAUGUCGGGGAUGUGUGAUACAUUGUAUUUAGUGUUAGAUAAUACACUGACCAUGGUCCCUCUCCUUUACAGAUAUGUCGGGGAUGUCAAUAACAGAUGGGACCCGGUCAUUGGAACGUAAAACUCAUCGACGUAAAGGUAGCACUGGGCGGAUAGAGUUGCCUACCCUGAACCCACUUCCCUCGUCAAUUACAUUUGAUUUAAGGAAGGUACAGCAGAUGACAGAGAUUCGGACCGAUGUGGGCUAUGCGAGGGCCUGGGUCAGACUUGCCCUGGAGAAAAAAGUCCUGUCAGCCCACCUCAAGAUCUUACUAGGCAAUGCUGAGCUUCUGAGGUGAGUAUAGUAAUACCGUAACACCACAGCUAUAUCACCAUGUCAGGUUUAUACCCUAACACCACAGCUAUAUCACCAUGUCAGGUUUAUACCCUAACACCACAGCUCUAUCACCAUGUCAGGUUUAUACCCUAACACCACACCUCUAUCACCAUGUCAGGUUUACACCCUAACACCACAGCUCUAUCACCACGUCAGGUUUAUACCCUAACACCACAACUCUAUCACCUUGUCAGGUUUAUACCCUAACACCACACCUCUAUCACCACGUCAGGUUUAUACCCUAACACCACAGCUCUAUCAC